AUGUCAUCAAUCAAGACUAAAAUCAAAUCUUUCUUUAGCAAGAACAGACAAUACGCUGUUGCAGGAGCAUCGAACAACCCUUCGAAAUUCGGCUACAAAAUCCUCAAUUGGUACAUUGUGCACAAUCUUCCCGUGGUCCCCAUUAACCCUAAAGAAUCUCAAAUCUUGGGGAAACCCGUGGUGUCCAAUGUCACCACAUUGAUUGAGGCUAUUGCCAAGCAGACAAAGGUUGACGGGCAUGACUUGAGCAAAGUUGAUGGUUUGAGUGUAUCAUUUUUGACGCCACCACCAAUCACUGCAGCAACAUUGAGAGAAAUCGGUAAGACAGAAGGAUAUAAGAAUGUUAUUAAAGGGUUGUGGUUUCAGCCUGGCAGCUAUGACCAAGAAGUCUUGGAUAUCGCCGAGGAGUUGGGCGAAUUCGAUAAAGUUAUCGAAGAGGACGAGUGUAUCUUGGUAAGAGGAGAAGAAGGAUUAUUAUCAGCAAACUUGUAG